AUGCUCAAAGAGAGCUUGACAAAAGCCGCGGUCACCGGGCUGGACCUGCGAGCUGCUUCUCCCAAAGGGGCGGGCGGACAUGGUCCUGUCCGGCCACACUCCUUGAGUCGAACGGGCAGCCGCACUCCCGGUGGCCGCACACCCACGCGCGCCGCGAGCCGACCAAACUCCCCGAGGAGCGCCUCCAAGUCCUCGAAUCGACCUGGCAGCGCUGCUUCGAAGUUCUACCAACUCCGCGCGAGCUAUGUGAACAUCGGUCUCCGGGGCAAGGAUGGGUCCGUGCGCACGAUGACCCGCGCGAUGUCUGCCUCGCAGAUGGCGCGGCGCAAGACCGACGCCUUCGCCACGCCUGCGCCGUGA